AUGGCCGCCGCAUCCGGCCUGAUGGACCUGGGGCAGCUGCUGACAUCAGUGGACGCGCCCAGCAUCCAGUUGUGCGGCAAUGACGCAUUUGCCCUGCUUAUCACCCGCGACACACUGGCGCACAUGCUGGACCCAAAGCAGGUGCCGGGUUGGUGGACCCCGCCUGGCGGCAUUAUGGCAGCACCACCGGCAGGUGACGCGGGCGGCGCGGCCGCCCCUGCGGACAGGGCGGCCUGCUUCGAGAGCCCGCUGCCCCACGCGGCGGCACGCCGCGCGUUGCCCGCCCCCAAGCAGCCAAACACUUGGCUGUUUUGUGACGACAGCACAGCAAACGUCGGCUCCCUGAUCACCCAAGUCCUGCAAACCUCAGCCG